AUGCUAACUUCAAUACCAAACUUUUUCCCCAUCCUAUUGACAACAGAAUUUGUUCUAGGAAUUCUUGUCAAUGGCUUCAUUGUGCUGGUGAACUGCAUUGACUGCAUCAAGAGACACAAGAUCUCCCUAGUGGAUCGUAUUCUCACUGGCCUGGCAUUUUCCAGAAUUGCCUUGCUCUGCGUUAUAAUAAUAAAUCUGUAUGCAACUUGCUUUGACUCAACUUUUUAUGGUUUUGAAGUCCACAUUCUUGUUAAUAUUGCCUGGACAGCAAGCAACCAUUUUAGCAUUUGGUUCGCUACGAAUCUCAACAUAUUUUAUUUUCUCAAGAUCGCCAACUUCUCUCAUUUCUUAUUUCUUUAUUUAAAAAGGAGACUUAAUAGUGUACUUCUUGUGAUGAUAUUGGGAACAUUAGUCUUCUUGUUUACUCAUCUUUCAGUGAUAAACAUAGAUGAAAACAUGCUGAAGAAUGGCUAUAAGGGCAACAUCACCUGGGAGACCAAGUUAAAAAACAUUGCACGUCUUUCAAAUAUGACUAUAUUCACACUAACAAACUUCAUAUCCUUUGCUAUGUCCCUGAUGUCUUUUGCGCUGUUAAUUAUUUCCCUUGGGAAACAUCUUAAGAAGAUGCAACUGAAUGCCAAAGGAGCCCAAGACCCUAGCACCAAGGUCCACACAAGAGCCCUCCAAACUAUGAUCUCCUAUUUUGUGUUAUUUGCUGUAUAUACGUUGGCUCUAAUUAUCUCCGUUUGGAUUUCAAACAGGCUGCAGAACAAACCUGCUGUCUUGUUUUGUCAGGCUAUACUAAGCCUGUAUCCUUCCAAUCACUCUUUUUUCUUAAUCUGGGGCAACAAGAAGCUGAAAGAGGCCUUUCUGUCAUUUCUGGGGCAGCUGGGGUGCUGGGAAAAAGAAAGAAAGUAG